CGCCUUCUGCAACCUCCUCCCGCUCCCCGUUGCUGUCCACUGGUUGUGGUGCUGAACCCACCCAGCCCUGGCCCGAGAAGGCGCUGGGAUACCCUCAAGAGCGUUGCCAGGGGGGCCCGGAGCCGCCAGGGAGCCGUGAUGAGCGGAGGGGUCUACGGCGGAGAUGAGGUUGGGGCGCUGGUGUUCGACAUCGGCUCCUUCUCUGUGCGGGCUGGCUACGCAGGAGAGGACUGCCCUAAGGCAGAUUUCCCCACCACGGUGGGUUUCCUGUCCCACGACGAGUCGGCUAUGGAGCUGGACGGAGACAAGGAGAAGAAGGCAGGCAAAGCGUACUACAUUGACACCAAUUCCCUACAUGUGCCCCGGGAGAACACGGAGGUCGUCUCACCUCUCAAGAAUGGGAUAAUUGAGGAUUGGGACUGCUUCCAAGCCAUCCUGGAUCACACCUACAACAAGCACAUCAAGUCCGAGCCCAACCUGCACCCGGUGCUCAUGUCUGAGGCUCCAUGGAACACACGCGCCAAGCGUGAGAAGCUGACAGAGCUGAUGUUCGAGCAUUACAGCAUCCCGGCCUUCUUCCUCUGCAAGACAGCUGUGUUGACUGCUUUUGCCAACGGGCGCAGCACCGGCCUGGUCCUGGACAGUGGGGCGACACACACCACAGCCAUCCCGGUGCACGAUGGAUACAUCCUCCAGCAAGGAAUCGUGAAAUCCCCGCUGGCUGGCGACUUUAUCUCCAUGCAGUGCCGAGAACUUUUCCAGGAGAUGAACAUUGAGAUAAUCCCUCCAUACAUGAUUGCGGCCAAGGAAGCCGUGCGUGAAGGAGCCCCACCCAACUGGAAGAAGAAGGAGAAGCUGCCCCAAGUCAGCAAGUCCUGGCACAAUUACAUGUGUAAUGAGGUCAUACAAGAUUUCCAAGCGUCUGUACUGCAAGUCUCAGAUUCUCCCUAUGAUGAACAGGUCGCUGCCCAGAUGCCCACUGUUCACUACGAAAUGCCGAAUGGUUAUAACACAGACUAUGGGGCAGAACGACUCAGAAUUCCAGAAGGGCUUUUUGAUCCCUCCAACGUGAAGGGCCUGUCUGGAAACACAAUGUUGGGGGUCGGCCACGUGGUCACGACCAGCAUCGGGAUGUGCGACAUUGACAUCCGGCCUGGUCUCUACGGCAGCGUCAUUGUGACUGGUGGAACCACAUUGCUGCAAGGGUUCACGGAUCGCCUCAACCGAGAACUGUCACAGAAAACACCACCGAGCAUGCGACUGAAACUCAUCGCCAGCAACAGCACCAUGGAGAGGCGGUUCAGCCCUUGGAUUGGGGGGUCCAUCUUGGCUUCUCUAGGCACCUUCCAGCAAAUGUGGAUUUCCAAACAGGAGUAUGAGGAAGGGGGGAAGCAGUGCGUGGAGCGGAAAUGUCCCUGAACAGACACGUUGGCUUCCCGUCCCCACCCCCAGGACCCCCACGUGGAUGCUGCUGCCGCCCCCCCCGCCCCCCCUCUGCCUUUUGGCAACGCCACCCUGGAGCUCGAAGAGGACGCCUCUCUAAAUGUGGACCUCGUGAUGCCCCCCCCCCCAGCUCUGAAUCCUUUGGUCUCCCAGUCUACGUCCAAAGAACUGAGGAGUGCUGACCCCCCCAUCCCCCCCACUCCACCUGUCCCUUCCCACAAGUCCUUUCCCAGGUGGCAUCACAGCUUCCUGAUGGCUGAAGAUGGGAAAGUUGAAAACUUGCACAAUAGAAGGGGGGGAGGGGGAGUUCUCAGCAGCCAGGGAAAGCUGGGGGAGGGGGCGUCUCUUGCCCGAGGCCAGGAGGGGGGGCUGCUCUUCUCCCCACACAUCUUCUUAUGAAACCCCCCCCCCCCCAACCUGGAACCAGACAUUUUAUACGUCAACUAUGUGGUUAUGUUUGUUUCAUGCAUUGCUCAAUUUACGGUUUACAGUUUUGGUGUUGGCAAAAUAAUAAAUGUGUUUUUUAAA